UAUCUCUUUGGUUAUGUCGUUUACAUAAUGUUUUUCAAAAAUUGAAAAUUUUAAGAAUACGACGGUUACGUUUGUAAAUGAAAGUAGAGUAUUUUUGGAAGAAACCGUAAUCUGUAGUUCGUAACGGGUUUGUUAAAUAUGUUGAUUGAACCAAAAUUGACGAACACAUCGCCGAAUUUCGGCAAACCGCCUGACAAACAGAAUGAGCUAUUGCAAUCUCUAGGUGUGCCUCAUAUUGAUUCCUUUAAUUAUAUGCUGGAGGAUGGCCUUUUUUACAGUUUAAAAGAUUGUACACCAGUAUAUUUAACUCUUACUAACAGUGACAAGGUAGUUCUUUGGAUGGAUGAUGUACAUAUCUAUAAGCCCACUAUUCCUUCUAGUACAAUUGGUGUGAAAACAUGUAAAAUAUAUCCGACAGAAUGUCGACAAAGAGGUUCUACUUACAAGGGUAAAAUAAUAGCAAGACUCGGGUGGUCUGUCAAUGGUAAAGAGCAAGAACCUCUUGAAAAAGAUUUAGGAGAAGUUCCAAUCAUGGUCAAGUCUAAUCGAUGUAACUUGAACAAUAUGAACCCCGAAGAAUUAAUCGCUCAUGGUGAACAUGAACAAGAAUGGGGUGGAUACUUCAUAAUCAGAGGUUUAGAGCGACUUAUACGUAUGUUAAUAAUGACGAGACGAAACUAUCCCAUUGCUGUCAAGAGACCAACUUGGAAAGGUCGUGGUGACCAUUUCAGUGAGUUGGGUAUUCUUCUGCGAAGUGUUCGGGAGGACAACUCUUCCAUUAACAAUACACUGCACUUUGUGACAGAUGGGUCUGCAAAACUUGCAUUUACAUAUAAGAAAGCUACAUAUUUUGUGCCAUUAAUAUUGAUAUUAAAAUGUUUGAUAGACGUAACUGAUUUAUAUAUUUACAAAGCAUUAAUCGCUGGAUGCGAAGAUGAUCUUUAUUACAAUAACAGUAUCAUAAAUAUGUUACGUGCAGUGCAUGAAGAAGGUCUACACUGGCAUGAACAAUGUAAAGCUUACAUAGGAAAGAUGUUUAAAGUCAAAUUCUCCGAAUUGCCUACAGAUGCGACUGAUAUAGAUGUUUGUGAUUACAUCAUUAAAUAUUGUAUCUCUAUUCAUCUUGAUGAACCUAUCGAUAAGUUCCAUUUACUUGUUUUUAUGACUAAAAAACUGUUCACUCUUGCGAAUAAUAAAUGCGCCGUUGAAGGUGCGGACGCUGUAAUGAUGCAAGAGUGUUUAUUAGGUGGACAUUUGUAUCUCCAAGUUCUUAAAGAGAAAUUAUAUUCGUGGCUAGUAGGACUUAAACAUCAUAUUCUCAAACGUGACAAGAGUGCUGGUAAUAGAUACUCCUUAAGUAUACAGGAAAUGUUGAACGUCACUAAAUUUCGAAGCAACAUUGACUCACAAAUGGAAUAUUUUUUAUCUACUGGAAGUGUAAGGUCAUCUAGUGGCCUGGGACUCAUGCAAACCACUGGUCUUACAAUUGUUGUGGAAAAUAUCAAUCGGAUGCGUUAUAUGAGUCAUUUUCGCGCGAUACAUAGAGGCGCAUUCUUCCAAGAAAUGAGGACUACUGAAGCAAGACAAUUGUUGCCUGAUGCAUGGGGAUUUAUUUGUCCGAUUCAUACACCGGAUGGUGCUCCAUGCGGAUUACUCAAUCACUUGACAAUGAAUUGUAUCAUCACAAAACAUGCAGAUCCAAAACUGAAAGCCGCGAUACCUGCAGUAUUAGUAGAUCUUGGAAUGAUUCCGUUAUCUAUCGCGGAUGAUUGGAAAAAUUCGUAUAAUGUAAUGUUAGAUGGAAAAUUAAUUGGAUUGAUUGAGGACAAAAUUAUUAAUAAAGUAGUAUACAAACUGAGAUUGCUUAAAAUAAAGAGUCGAGAAAUACCGUCAACAUUGGAGAUUGCAUUUGUGCCAAAGAAAAAUGUUCCAGCUCAGUAUCCGGGAUUAUUCUUAUUUACUAAUGCUGCUAGAAUGAUGAGACCAGUAAUAAAUUUAGCUAUGCAGAAGAUUGAACUUAUAGGAACGUUUGAGCAAAUUUACAUGGAAAUUUGUGUGAACCCUCAAGAAGCAUAUGAAGGAUUAACAACUCAUCAAGAAAUAAGCCAAACAACAAUUUUCAGCAAUUUAGCUAAUCUUAUUCCUUUGCCGGAUUGCAACCAGAGUCCGAGAAAUAUGUAUCAGUGCCAGAUGGGUAAACAAACAAUGGCUACACCGUGCCAUAAUUGGCAACAGCAGUCACAAACGAAAAUGUACAGGCUGCAAACACCUGCCACUCCACUCUUUAGGCCGGUACAUUACGAUAAUAUUAAUAUGGACGAUUUUGCGAUGGGUACUAAUGCAAUAAUUGCCGUUAUCGCAUACACGGGAUAUGAUAUGGAAGAUGCAAUGGUCAUCAAUAAGUCUGCAUACGAACGUGGUUUCGGACAUGGAACAAUUUAUAAGUCCGAGUUUGUUGAUUUGAAUGAUAAAAAGAGUUAUUUUGCCCGUGACCCAGAGAGACCUGAUCUUGAGAAAACGAUAGAUAUUGAUGGUUUACCUAGACCACGUAUUAUUAUUAAAGAAGGAGAUGCGUAUUAUUCUUAUUACGAUGCCGAUAAUGCUCAGUAUGUAAUUGGAAGAUAUAGAAGCACAGAAAACGCUUACAUCGAUAAUGUAAAGCUAUGCGGUACAUUAAAUAAUCAAGAUCCGCGAAGAGUGUGCAUUACAUUCCGUAUUCCUAGAAAUCCCACCGUUGGAGAUAAAUUUGCGUCAAGAGCGGGACAAAAAGGAAUCCUUUCGCGGCUAUAUCCUGUCGAGGAUUUACCGUUUACGGAAACUGGAAUGGUCCCCGAUAUUAUAUUCAAUCCGCAUGGUUUCCCAAGUCGUAUGACAAUAGGAAGAGAAAAUCUUCAAAGUCCCUCUCCGGGAAGAUUCCCAAGCAAUUCUAACCGGUCCCCAAGGAGAAAACUUAUACUUGGAGAGGGGAAGGCAUCCGACGGCUCGUCAGUAUGCAGGACUCAACCGAGUUAUUAUUCGCGCACAAGGCGCAGGAUUAACUCGGCCAUCUACCUACUAAAAACUCUCUCUGAAAGCACUGCGCCCCUGACACAUGCGCCCCUGAGAACGCUCUAGAAUCGGUAUUAUAUCAAGACGCUCCCUUCGUACCUUUAGAGUCAUGCUCCCACCGCUUACGGGUUAUUGCAUUAUAACUGAACUAUAUAAUAUUUAUAAACGUUAAUUAAUUAAGGUACAAAUACAAUUACAGUCGAAUCUCUUUAGAAGCAAUUUCUCAGGACCGAUCGAUCUCCGUAAAAGUAAACAAAUGCGCUAGCGUAUGCUCGAUUACUAUAUGGGAGAUUAAGUCAUGACUUUUACGGAGGUUAACUUUACGGAGGUUCGGCUGUAUUUACAAAAAUUAUAUAUAAUAUAUACACAUCCGCUUAAAUCAGCCGGAGCAGGCAGUGUCCAUCUUCGAGCCUCAUUUUGAUGCGCCCGCUCCGUCUCUUCUUUCCUCGUUAUGACGGUCUCGCAAUACGUUGCGAAGACUGUCCAUUUUAAGAGAGAGCCCAUAAUGGCCUCCAUCAUCACCAGAUAUAUUCUCUCCAAAUCUAUAUCUAGCCCUAGUUUAUGGAAGAGCACACCCCGUUCCGCCGUCCAGGUAGGACAAUAGAGAAGAGUGUGCCUUCCCGGUCCACCGCCGCCCUACAAGCAAAUCGGCGUCCUAUUUAUCUCAUAGAGAUAGGUUUCAAAACAAUCAUGUCCCGUCAAGAUUUGAGUCGUGUGGAAGGUAAGGCCAUAGUAUAUACAAUAGUGCAAUUCUCUGUCGGUACCUUUGAUGAUAAUGUUUCCCAAAAUGGAGUGCGCACGCGCGAAAUAAGUAAGUUCCCUAGUAACGCCAUUUGAAUUUCUUUCUCAGUUCCUCUUUAUUUUUCCGCUCUCUCUCUCUCUCUCUCUCUCUCUCUCUCUCGGUCUCUUUCUAGGUCGUUUGUACAUCAAAGUAUAUAUAU